AUGUCAAAAAAUUAUUAUCAAAUCCUCGGAGUUAGUUCCAAUGCUACUCCGGAGGAAAUAAAAAAGGCUUUCAAGAAAUUAGCCUUAAAAUACCACCCUGACAAACAACACGGCAAAAGUGAAGCCGAAAAAAAAGUCGCCGAAGCGAAGUUUAAAGAGAUUAAGGAAGUAACAGAAUCUUUGCUAAAUCAAAAAAGUGGUAGUUUAAAUGGAGAAAUUGAGGAAAUGUUGGAGGAAUUAGCCCGAAUGAGUGCUACCAACCAAGCCGAAAUUAUCGCAAGCAUCGAGCAAGCUUUUAUCCUUUACGGAGUUUCGCCCCAAGAUUUAGACCUAAUUUAUGAAGCGGUUAUCGCGAUUGACGGGACAAAUUGGAAAAAAAAAAACAACGAGACUCAACAAAAUGAGGAGGAAAAUUUUAGAACCGAACGGGAAAGUUUACAGCGAAAGCGGGAACAAUGCCAAACAGAAAAUAACAAUUGGCAAGAAACUGGAGAUAAUCAGCAAAAUUUUCCACCAAACAAUAACACUUAUAAUCCUAGACCUGAAACUUCUUAUCUGUCUAAUGAUGAACCAAAAGGAAAAAAGUCCGAAAUUAAGCGUUUAGAAAGUGAAAUCGAAAAUUAUAAAAAGAAAAAGCCCGAAGUUCCUUACCAAGAACAGCCAAAUAUCCAAAAAAUAAUUGAUAAACUGGAAAAAGAAUUACAAGAACUAAAAAGCCCCUUUAAUUCUAAUAAUAACAAUUACGACCACUGA